AUGCUCAUAGUCGAUGAUGAAGAGUCGCAGGCAUCCGGCGGCAUCUUGGUUGAACAUGAAGUUGUAACCGUGGAGGUCGUUCUCGUCGUCGUUAAUGGAAAGAAUACGUGCCUUGCCGACGUGGUCGAACAGAUCCGUCGAAGCGUGCAGUCAGCUGUGCAUCCGGCGAAGCAGCUGGAUUCACUCGGCCACCAAAGUGUCCUUCGGACACGCCAACGCGGCGUCAUCCAGGUGCGCCGCGCCGUCAAGGAGCUGCAUAAUCCUAGAGGUUCGGCCACAGGUAAAGGCCCUGAAGACGUCGGAAAUGCGGAUGGCCGGGCUGCAGCGUUUCGCACGUCACUCGCAGCGAACCCACUCCCAGGCAAGCCUCUGUUUAUCGGCCUCCGCUUGUUUCUUUUCAUGGCCCUUUUUGACCCAGACGUGAGAGCGCUCGCGGCGCGUUCUCGCCUCCUGGAUCAGCAGAUCCAGGUGGAGCACGGUGUAACGCUCCCGGUGCGGGCGAUGGAAGCUGCGGAGUCGAGCAUGACACCCAACGCCCGAGACGGAAAGGGAGGUGGCACCGCGGCUCUCCGCGGUAAUUGA